AUGUCAAUCUAUCUAUUUUAUUACAAUGUUUCUCUCAAUGUAAUUAUAAUGUUUCUAUCUAUCUAUCUAUCUAUCUAUCUAUCUAUCUAUCUAUCUAUCUAUCUAUCUAUCUAUCUCCCGCGUUUUAGAUCGACUAAGCCUGGGAGGAGGUUACGGAAAAAGCAAGAUUGUUAUAUUUUUAUGAUGCAUAGCAUAUCUAUCUAUCUAUCUAUCUAUCUAUCUAUCUAUCUAUCUAUCUAUUUAAUUACAAUGUUUCUAUCUAUCUAUCUAUCUAUCUAUUUAAUUACAAUGUUUCUAUCUAUCUAUCUAUCUAUCUAUCUAUCUAUCUAUCUAACUCAUUACAGUGUUUCUAUCUAUCUAUCUAUCUAUCUCACGCCAUCUCUAUCUAUCUAUCUAUCUAUCUAUCUAUCUAAUUACAAUGCUUCUUUCUAUCUAUCUAUCUAUCUAUCUAUCUAUCUAUCUAUCUAUUUAAUUACAAUGUUUCUAUCUAUCUAUCUAUCUAUCUAUCUAUCUAUCUGUUUUAUACUUAAAAAAGAAACAAGGCUCUAA